GACAGCGACAACAAGUUCUUCCAGGGCGAGCUGCAAGUCGAGGCGGCGAUGCCCUACGGCGCGUGCUACUACCAGAUGCGCUCGGCGGCGCCAAGCCCCAAGGGUGGGCCAGACAGCAUCACCAAUGCCCUGCUGCGCACAGCGCCCCGCCAGUGCGCAGAUAUGCUGCGCCCGCUCUUCGUGAAAGCCGCCGUCACAGUCCGCGAACCGCCCGCCUUCAAGGGAGGAGACAUGGUUGCCACCCCUAAGGGCAAGGGCGACGAGCGCACGCUGCAAGCCCGCAGAGAGAUUAUGAUGAACAGUGUGCUGGGCAAGCAUCACCAAUUCUUGUGGACGGUGCUCAACGGCUGCCUUGCCCAAGUCCUGGAAGACAUCCAGGCAGGCGACCGACCAAAGCGAGGGGCAGACAUGACGGUCCUCGCGACAAGGCUUUUCAUGGAGAGGGCCAAGAGGCAUGGGCGCUCCUACGUCGUGGGCAUGUACGACCUCCAGGAAGCAUUCUACAGCGCACUGCUGCAGCUCAUCCACCAGAUACUUGGGGAAGAGCACGAACUGGAGGACGUUCUCCACAGCGUCGAGGUGCCCGCGUGGAUCGUGCCGCAG